CCAGCAGACCAAAGGAUGAUGGCAACGUGAGGUAGAUGCAAGGCUAGUCACGCCUGUUUUGUGUGGAACCCCAGACAGGAAGUUGUGAGGGACUGUCACCAACAUUUAUCUACCAGUGGUUCUCAAGCUUUUUGUUGUUGUUGUUUAACUUUUGUCAACCUAAGCAGGACAAAAAACCUACCAUAGCCAUUCCCACUUUAUAGGGGAAAAAGAAAUUGGGGAUAACAAACAUUUGGAGAGGAAUAAAAUAGGAGUCAACAUGUGGUAACAUGGCAGCAGUUAUGUAAAAACAAAAGAGUUGGUAAGUAAAGCCAACAUUCCUUAAUACAAGAGCAGCAACUUACAACCAACUCAGGAUAAGCCUGAUGAUGUCCUUGUCACUGACAGUCUUUCCUGGAAACUGGAAAUUGCAACCGUUUGCAUAUAUGAGGACAUAGAAGGGGCUGUGCAACAUUGCCAAAGGCCGAAUGGUAUCUGAGAAAACACCAGUUAUCUGGUAAUUUUAGAUUACAAACGCCAAAGUUUAUAAUGCGUAGUAGGCCGUUAGUAAGUACCACUCAAGGAUAAGUAAAAAUGGAAGUCAAUAGCACUGCUUUGAAGAUGGUCUUUUUUUACAUGAGUUUGUAGGCUGUCUCCGGACCCUUUUGGUUUAUUGCUUUACAUGGCUCAAUCUAAGAGAUGAAAGCUUGAAAGGGGAGAGGAACAGGGGCAGCUGAAACAUAAGAAGAAUGAUUUCCAAGAAGCUUCUGGGAAGCUCUCCAGGUAUUGCCACGCGGUGUUUCCCUGCCCCUGCCCCUGCCCCAUGCCCGUAAGUUAGAUGAGGGAUGAAGGAAAUGGAAACUACCUUAGACUCUUCGAUUCAUCUUUCUUUCCACUCCUCUCUGUCAUCUCAAGAUGUCUCUGUCACCUCACUCAUUGCCCCAUCCCCUACCUAACUCAUUCUCCCAGUCUGGCCAGAGCCCAGCUUAGCUCAGGGGUUUCUCAGUCCUGUCUCCUUCAAGAAGACUUGCCUGCUCACUGUGAAUAAUCCCGUAAGGAUGAAUAACAGCUGCCAUUUACAGUGAGUCACCUAUCUCCUGAAAUCUCAAGCUGGACAGUCACAUAUGUAGGACUCAGACCCCACACUCUCUGGUGUCAAAGUCUAAGCAGGUUUCCCCUGCAUGCACUGUGCUUCGGCACGUGGCUGAGGUGGGACUCUGCCCUGUCCUAGACUCCAGGCUGAAUGAGCUGCGCUCGCAGCCGCCUCUGGGGGCUGUUCCUGCAGAACAACGAAGCUCCCUGGAUGACCUGUGCCUCGUGCUCACGACCAGCUCCUUCACUUAUGACAGCUUUAGGGCUUGGCUUUAUUUUAAACUUUGACACUUCCUUUUCUCUAUUGAUUUAAAAACUACUUUAAAAUUACAGCAUACUAUUUAAAAAUCCAAACAAUAUUGAUAAAGUGGGGAAAAAAAUCUCCCUUACUGCCAUCUCCUGAUUUCAGUUCCGCUCUACAAAAGUAACUACUAUUAACCAUUUAGUGACUUUUUUUCAGACUUCUUCUAUGUGUAUAAAUGUCUGUGUAUGUUUGGGAAGUUUUUCUGACAUCUCAUAGUUCUGUAUCUAUGUAUCUUUAUUCUAAAUCAUCGUCCAUUCCACAUUGCAAGCUGCAAAACGGUAAGAUAAAUGUAUUUGUAAAUUAAUCUACACAGCACCUGACCAAAGGAACACCUAUUCUUGAUGGAUUUAUAGGAGCACGUGUGUUAGAGACAGGGGUGGGAGGCAGGAUCCCUCCACAGAGACCCUGAGAUCACCAGGUGGGAAGCGCACAUGAGCUCUGGGGAAGAGACCAUGCUUCAUAAGCUCACCAGCAGCUGGCCCGACCUGCCAGGGUGUGCACACUCCCCAGACUGCGGAAUCACUCAUGUGCGGGUUGUCCGGUGGCCGAGGGAGGGGAGGGGUGAAAAGUGGAGGGGGAGGCACAAGGGUGGAAUGUGGGCUGGGCCAAGUUUAGAAUUACGAGUGCCACAGAGGCGCUCUGGGACCACACUUUAAAUAGCCGGCACCUUCCCCUUCCCCUUAGAUAAUUCUUCUCCCCGACUGGACCUCUGGCAGCAACUUCACUAAGGUGGGAUGGAUAGCAGGGCCUCAGGCACAGCCAGUAAUGGAGAGACAAAGCCAGUGUAUCCAGUAAUGGAAAAGAAGGAGGAAGAUGGCACCCUGGAGCGGGGGCACUGGAACAACAAGAUGGAGUUUGUGCUGUCAGUGGCCGGGGAGAUCAUUGGGCUGGGCAACGUCUGGAGGUUUCCCUAUCUCUGCUACAAAAAUGGGGGAGGUGCCUUCUUCAUCCCCUACCUCGUCUUCCUCUUUACCUGUGGCAUUCCUGUCUUCCUUCUGGAGACAGCACUAGGCCAGUACACUAGCCAGGGAGGCAUCACAGCCUGGAGGAAGAUCUGCCCCAUCUUUGAGGGCAUUGGCUACGCCUCCCAGAUGAUCGUCAUCCUCCUCAACGUCUACUACAUCAUUGUAUUGGCCUGGGCCCUUUUCUACCUCUUCAGCAGCUUCACCAUCGACCUGCCCUGGGGCGGCUGCCACCAUGAGUGGAACACAGAACACUGUGUGGAGUUCCAGAAGACCAAUGGCUCCCUGAAUGGUACCUCUGAGAAUGCCACCUCUCCUGUCAUCGAGUUCUGGGAGCGGCGGGUCUUGAAGAUCUCUGAUGGGAUCCAGCACCUGGGGGCCCUGCGCUGGGAGCUGGCUCUGUGCCUCCUGCUGGCCUGGGUCAUUUGCUACUUCUGCAUCUGGAAGGGGGUCAAGUCCACAGGCAAGGUGGUGUACUUCACGGCCACAUUUCCUUACCUCAUGCUGGUGGUCCUGUUAAUUCGAGGGGUGACAUUGCCUGGGGCAGCCCAAGGAAUUCAGUUUUACCUGUACCCAAACCUCACACGUCUGUGGGAUCCCCAGGUGUGGAUGGAUGCGGGCACCCAGAUCUUCUUCUCCUUCGCCAUCUGUCUGGGGUGCCUGACAGCCCUGGGCAGCUACAACAAGUACCACAACAACUGCUACAGGGACUGUCUCGCCCUCUGCUUCCUCAACAGCGGCACCAGCUUUGUGGCCGGCUUUGCCAUCUUCUCCAUCCUGGGCUUCAUGUCCCAGGAGCAGGGGGUGCCCAUUUCUGAGGUGGCUGAGUCAGGUCCUGGCCUGGCUUUCAUUGCUUACCCGCGGGCUGUGGUGAUGCUGCCCUUCUCUCCGCUCUGGGCCUGCUGCUUCUUCUUCAUGGUCGUUCUCCUGGGACUGGAUAGUCAGUUUGUGUGUGUAGAAAGCCUGGUGACAGCGCUGGUGGACAUGUACCCUUGCGUAUUCCGCAAGAAGAACCGGAGGGAAGUCCUCAUCCUUGGAGUAUCUGUCGUCUCCUUCCUUGUAGGGCUGGUCAUGCUCACGGAGGGCGGGAUGUACGUGUUCCAGCUCUUCGACUACUAUGCAGCCAGUGGCAUGUGUCUCCUGUUCGUGGCCAUCUUUGAGUCCCUCUGUGUGGCUUGGGUUUACGGAGCCAGGCGUUUCUACGACAACAUCGAAGACAUGAUUGGGUACAGGCCGUGGCCACUUAUCAAAUACUGUUGGCUGUUCCUCACGCCAGCUGUGUGCACAGCCACCUUCCUCUUCUCCCUGAUCAAGUACACUCCGCUGACCUACAACAAGAAAUACACGUACCCGUGGUGGGGCGAUGCCCUGGGCUGGCUCCUGGCUCUCUCCUCCAUGGUCUGCAUUCCUGCCUGGAGCCUCUACAGACUUGGCACCCUCAAGGGCCCCUUCCGAGAGAGAAUCCGUCAGCUCAUGUGCCCAGCCGAGGACCUGCCCCAGCGGAACCCAGCAGGACCCUCGGCUCCCGCCACCCCCAGGACCUCGCUGCUCAGACUCACAGAGCUAGAGUCUCACUGUUAGGCGGCAGGCCCUGGGAUGGUGCCUGUGAGCCUGGCCGUGGGGAUGGCUGCAGAGCGGACAGGGCAGAAGCAGCCCCAUGUGCUUCCCUGCCCCCCACCUGGAGUGGAUAAGACAAAAGGGGUGUUUUGGAAUCCACUGCUGAGCUGGAGGCCUCCCACUCCAACUUUUCAGCUCGGGAGUUGCUGAACAGAUGUGCAAGGCCAGUGCCAAGAGUGCCCCUCUGAGACCCUUGGGAAGCUGGAUGGGGGCUGGUGGGUGGGGCGAGACUGUUGCUGACUUCGGGCCCUCUCACCCUUCAUUCCAUUAAAUCCACAUUCUUCCCGCUGA